ACCAAGACUUUUAGCCCAGUGUGUCGGGCCUUUUUCGGCUACGGGGCUCCGAGUCUCUACACGAGCCGCAACACACACCAAACUACGCGCCGCCCCUUUUCCAAGAGCUGUGCCGCCACUAGUCGCAUUCACCGCCCGCUACUACCGCCGCCGCCGCCGCCGCACCAACUUCCAAAGCCGACCGUACACACACUGCGCUACACACUUGUGUGUGUGUAGAGUAGGAAAGAGGAAGCCGAGGGUUUUUUCAAAAAAAGAAAAAAAGAAUUUAUUUUUUAAAGGCGUGCGCUCCCCGCAGUCACAUCUUAACGCGCGCGCCCUCUCGCACACACACACACACCAAAGUUGAACGUCUUGACCACCAGAGUGCGUCGAAUUUUUACCCAUUUUUCUGAAUUUUCCCAAUUCUUAUCCCACGUCUGAGUACUGGCAACCAGUCGACUUGGGCCUUUCAGACGAGAUGGCCGUCCUGUGCUGACGAUCCUACAGGGACAAGUUUUUUAGUUUUGUUUCAUCACCACACACACACACACACAUACAAUUGAAAGAAAAAGAACUUAUUUUUGCCAUCCAUCAACAAGAAAAUCAUUUUUAUUUGUUCUACCCGUGUGGCCAUUUUUCUUUUUUUGUCGACAAAAACAACUGACUGUCGGAUUGUGUCGUCGUGUGUGUCUCUCCAAAUUAAAAAAAAAAAGAAAAAUUGUGCUGGUGCCAAGUGCUAAACAACGUAACAAGUGAAGCAAGCUCACCCCUCCUCCUCCUCCUGUGCGUGUGUGUAUGUGUGUAGUGUGAUAAGUGGAUUCUAUUUGGAUAUCGCGAGAUUAUACGUCAAAGAAUCUUUAAAAAACACACUGAAAAACUAUCGGGUCACACUUUGAAUUUUUGCAACACACCGAGGCCGCAUUGUGGGUGUGUAAGUGUAGUGGUGUGUGAGUGUGUGUGUGUGUAUUCGCGCGGGAGAGCGCGUGAAAUGGCGCUGUGAAAGGGCUGCCAUCAUGCCAAUGAAUGGUGAUGCAGUCGUUAUCAUCUUAUCUUUAGUUUAGGCCUGGAUUUAUUAUCACGAAAAAAAAAAAAGUUGGGAAAACAGCGUCGAGCACACACUCCCUCGUGUGUCCGCGUUCACAGUGUGUGUCGUGUGGUUUUUUUUUAUUUUAUUUUUUCCUGAACGAACGAAGAAGAUGCCGCACGUGAACGGAAGCAGCGACGGUGACGAUCUGGGCGAUGCCGACGAGAUCAAAGUCUUUAAACACGAUGAAGAAUGUGAAGAAGAAAAGAAAUUGAUCGCCGAAGAACGUCAAUCCGAUUCCUUGACUGAAGACAAAUCAAGUCUCGUCACCGAAGGAGAAUCACAGAGCAAAAAUGCAUCGCUGGCCGGACAAAGUUUCACGGGAAAAAAUUCACUACGGCCGGAACCUGGACCUUUAUUUGGUGGUCGGUCGCUGGAGUCGCUGGCCUCAUCGCACGCCUCUCCGCUCAACAUGGGAUACCUUAUGCCCUACACGUACCACAACGGCAUGGCCGCACUCUCCUCCCUGCCAUCCAUGAUGGGCCAUUUGGGUUCAGCAGCGCAUCACGCGGCUGCCGCGGCCGCUGCAGCCUCAUCGCUCCAGUUCUUCUACCAGGGAGGCGGCGAUCCUCAUCUCGGCCAGCCACCACCGGCCCACAUGGGCAUUCCACCUUACCAACUCGAUCCGAAAACGGCAGGAGCCAUGGGUCUUCCUCGGCCGUCGAUGUACUCCUUCGCCCCCACCCAGUAUCCGUACCCCAUGCUGAGUCCCGAAAUGGCCCAGAUGACGUCCUGGCAUCACAGUUCUGGUGGUAUGUAUCCGAUCUCAUCCGCAGCAGCUGCAUUCCGCAGUCCUUAUCCGGCCGGGUUACAACUGCCUUCAGCAUCACUGCCUAGGUUUUCUCCGAGCUUGUUACCCCAUCCGGGACUGCACGGCGGCCAUCCGCUGAUGAGUCCAGGCCACGCUGCCGCAUUGUCGAGUCUUCACCAUGGCGUCAAACAAGAACCUGGACUUUCUAUGGGUCUUUUAGGCGAACAAAAUCACAGAAGCGGACACAAUGAUGCCAAAGCGGCCAGCAGUUCAGCGACGCAGUCGGACUCUAGGUCGACGACGCAGUCGACACCGCCCAACAACAACAACACCUCCUCCCAAGCCGCCGAGAAGAAGAAGCCGCACAUCAAGAAGCCGUUGAACGCGUUCAUGCUCUACAUGAAGGAGAUGCGGGCCAAAGUGGUAGCCGAAUGCACGCUCAAAGAGAGCGCCGCCAUCAACCAAAUCCUCGGCCGACGGUGGCACACGUUGAGCCGCGAAGAGCAAUCGCGAUACUAUGAGAUGGCCCGCCAGCAACGUCAACUGCACAUGCAGCUCUAUCCAAACUGGACCAUGAGGGACAGCGUCGCGUCGGGCGCCGCUCGCAAGCGGCGCAACAAGCGCGACAAAGCCGCUGACGGAGGUAACAACAUGAAAAAAUGCCGGGCGCGGUACGGCCUCGACCAGCAGAGUCAAUGGUGCAAACCUUGCAGGAGGAAGAAGAAGUGCAUCCGGUACAUGGACGGGGCGGACGAGGCGGACCACUCUGAGGACAAUUUGGGCAGCGCGGGCAGCGUGGGCGAAACGCGUUCACCCGAUUCCAAAGUGGACGACGACGACGGCGCCAGCAGCGAUUCGGACGCUGGCGCAGCCGACGACGAUGACGGAGGUGCCACCUCGGCUUCCGAUUUGGGACUCUCCAGUCCAGGUCUCAGCCUCUCCUCGCUUGCCAGUCCGGCCAUCCUACCUAGUCCCAGCACGAGCUUGGCCUCUCCGUGCCCACUGACGCCGUCGCCGGCCACCCCGUCUUCGGCCAGCUACACGACGAGUGGACAUGACGCCAUCAUUGGCAUCAUCGGCAAGUCGUCGCUGAUCACGGCCCAGACGAGUCUCUCGGCCGCUUCGUCCUCCUCGUCGUCGUCGUCGUCUUCCGGCAACGGCAGCACGCCGGGCCUACCUUUCGGACUGUACAACAUGCUGCCAGGGCCUAGUCCGUCCGGAUCGGGUCAUUCACACCAUUCGGUCCAUCAUUCGCAUCACCAUCACUCCCACCAUCCGCAUCACCCGGUGCCGACUGGGCAGCAGCAGCAGCAUCAGAAUUCUCAUCACCAACACCAGCAGCAGCAGCAACACCAUCACGGGAUGCUCCUACCGCCGGCCAACCUGCCCCACCGGCACCCCAUCGGCACCAAUCCGCACGACAUCAACAAUCCGUUGAGUGUCAACCAGCUGACGGGUCAGUGUAGCAGCAACAGCAACAAAGACAAGGCCCAUUCAUCCGUCAGCAAAGCCUCCGACACCAAUUCGCACGCCAUUGUCAGUGUCACCUGAUGAAAUCACAACUCCUCCUCCUCCUCCUCCCCACCCAAUCGUACCUUCCAUUGGCUUAUUUUUACACAAAGUUCAACAACUGUGGCGUGCGCUCAGGGUUUGAUUUAAAAAUGAAACUUGACAACUAAAGGAAUCCGCUUUUUGCUCCACCUUCCCCCUACAUUUUUUUUUUUCGUUCUCAGAAAAAGAAAAAAUUAUUCAAUUUGAAACAAAAAUUUUUUUGCGUGCCCACCUCUUCCUCUUCCUCCCCCCGUUUGCAAAUGAUUGGAAAGACAGUGCCAUCUCGCGUGAUCGCCACCGAAUUUCUAUGAUGGAUGAUUGAUGAUUUUCGAGAGAGGUUCUUCUAUUUUUCCUUCCGUUUUUUUCUUUCUUCUUCUUAUCCACCACACACAUUUCGUUUAUUAUAAAUAACAAGAAAGAAAAAGAGACUAGACACACAAAUUAACAAACAACAGCUGAUGGUGAUGAUGAUGGGCGUGACCUCAGGUUCAACAGGGUUGUUUUUUUUUCAUUUCAUUUCAUUUCCUCCUUGAUUUUUCUUUUGUCAACCGUUUCGUAAAAAAACCCACCGCAGAGCAGACGCACCUCACAUUGAUUUGAUGGCGAGUUUGAGUUUGAGGAGGGAAUUGAAGGAUAUUCAACGAAAACGGCAAAGUUUCAUUUUUUUUCUUAUCGUCAACAAUUUCAUUUUACUUGCUUCCCAUCAUCUAUUAAUAAAUAAUAACUAUACUAUCCCUAUUUUAAUUUAAGCAAGCAAAAAAAAAAUUCGAUUUCAUCUUUUGUUUGAUAUUUUUCCCCUUUUUUCUUCGGCCUCUCUGGGUGUGUAGCGGGGGGGAGAGAAAAAUCCGGGAACGCGCCAUUUUUUGAAUUUUUUUUUCUCUAUCUUAUUCGCCCCCAUCCUUGAAUCAAAAAAAAGUUGAAAAUAAAAUAAAAAUAAAAAAAAACACAAUUAUUCUCGUGCCAAUCAACAAGAGGUUUUACACACCUUCAAAAUUCCCCGUUAGAAUAUUUCGAGGGGGGAGGACAUCCCAUUUUUUUGCGUGCUCUUAUAGCUACUCCCCCACACACACUCUCUCUGUCCCCCCAAUGUGUAUCUCUUUUUUUUCAUUAUUAUUAUUUCGAAACAACAAAACAACCACUCGACAAUUUUUGAUUGUAAAUGUCAUGUGUAUAUCAUCUUUCUCUCUCUCUUUUUUUUUUUGGUUCCACUCCCGUUUCUUUCAACCAACAAAAAAAAAUAAAUUUUAAACUUUUUUUUCCCAUUUAAUAAACAAAAAAUAAUCUCCCGUGUGAAAAUUUGGCGUGUGUAUGUAUUUGUAUGAAUGCGUUUACGUGUGUUUGCGGACAAUCAUCCAUCACCGAGUAUUUUUGCCGUGUGUCUGAUUUGUUUCUCUGUUUGUGUGUGUGUGUGUGUGUCUUUUUGGGGUAUGAUUGAGAGGGCGCGAACGCGGGAGGGAUUCAAAAAAUGUGUUUUUUUUCUCCCAAUUUGAAUAUCUUUAUAUCCUCCUUUCCCCCCAAUUUUUCAUGUUGUGCGUUGGUUCGUUCGUGUGAUUGUGUGUGUGUGUGUGGAUUUGAAUCGACGUUGCAUUCAUAUUAAACAGGAAACCACAGGCUUCUUUCUCUCUCACUCUCUCUCUCUCUAUUAGAUUUUGAAUAGUUUUUGUUGAGAAAAGGCAUUUUUGUUUUCAGGGCGAGUCCAUUUGACAACAAAUAAUUGGGUCAUCCAAAUACUCGUGAAUUUUGAAACUGGGGAGGUUAAGGGCCUAUUAUGUGAUAUAACGGGAAAGUUGUUUUCUUCUUUAAAAAAAAUAAUAAUAAUAAUAAUAAAAAGCGAUGAGAGAAAGAGAGAAAGAAGAAGUUCAUUUCAACCGAGCUUAAAUUUAUAAAUCAUUAGCGAUAAAAUAACGAGACAGAAAAAAAAGUUUGGGUUUCUAUUUGAAAUGGAAAAUAUCGCCGGAAGAAUCAAGUCGUCUCCGAGCACAGCACGAAUUCUUCCUCCCGUAAAAAUGAAAAAAAAGAAAGAAAACUUGAGAUUGAAUUUUUUGAAUCAUUCUGUUUGUUUUUCUUCAGAUUGAAAUCCUUGUCUCUCUCUCUCUCUUCUACUUCCCUCACAGACACACACGCAACUCACGCCAUUCCCUCUUCUAUCUUUACAGAAAGAAAACAAACAAAAUUGGUCUCGGUCUUUUUGCUGUUUAGUUUUAUCAUUCAAGAAGCCGAGCGUUACUUGUACAUAAAUGGAAGCUCCCCCCCCCCUCCUCUCUCUACAGCUCCCGACAAAAAUCCGUUUGUUCAUCAUCUUGAAUUUUCUUUCUUUUUCGUCAGAAGGAUCAGACCCAACUGAUUGAAUUCAGCAGGUGUGUGCGCGCGCGUGUUUUUCUUGUUGUUGUGGAUGACCCCCCAUCUCGUGUGUGCGUGUUAUUUUUGUUUGUUUGAUUCUUUUUUUUAUUAUUAUUAUUUUGGAAACUGCCCUCAUCUAUUUGAGAUCCCAACCCUCGUUUGCAGCGUAUUGCACCGAUGAUGAUUAGGUUUGAUCGUUUGUUUGUUUGUUUGUUUGUUUUACUUUCAAUUCACAGUCGAAUGUCAGCUUAUUGGUUGUAUCAUUUUUCAUCGUGUAGGCAUUCCUGUAUUAUAAAUAUUGGCCUUAUGUUUGCAAUACAAAGUGAUAGAUGGUGUA